AUGGACAUCAAUAUAAAGUCGACUAAAGUUCAAUAUCGACCAGAUCCUCAGAAUAACUCCGCAUCUACUAAAAAUGGAGUAAUUAAAGAAUUAAGGCUAAAUUUAAAGUAUAUUGUCGAAACUGAAGGAAAAAGAAAAG